CGUUGAUGAGAUGAAGUACAGUUUCUCAGACAGCCACUUAAAAGCCCUGUCGGUGCUGUCGUUGCUGCCUUCUUGCAACCCACAGCCCAUACUGUCGGAGUCCACAAACAAGCCCUUCAGUGUCUACCUUACGGAUGUUCCUGAGCCCGAAGCAGCGGAGCAGGAAAUCAACACGUGGGCGGCUGUCUGGAGGGAGAAGUACCAGGAUGUCGCUCCACCGGCAUCCAUUGCUGAAACUUUAGUUCAUCCUGAGUCAAAGAGCCACCCAACCAUUACCUUACUGCUCCGGCUGGUGGCCGUCCUGCCCAGUGUCAGUAUGGAGUGCGACCUCAUGAAGACCACCCUGAAUUCAAUGAGGGAUCUGUUCAAGAACACUGUGUGCAAAGGUGACAGAAUAGCUCAAGUGAUGCUUCGCUCCCACUGCAACACACUACUGAGACUGCCAGAGGUCAUCGAGAAGUGUACGGAAGGUGAUCCAGAGCGGUCCGUGUUUGUCCCAGGUGAUGGGAACACUUCAAAGGCUAAAGCUGGACAGUGCAGGACUGUGCAGCUCAAGUGUAGCCGAGGAAGCCGCUGAUGGAGAGACGUCGGCGGAUGAACAAGUGAUACUGAAGGUCGUCCCAGGGCCAAGAACUGCAGUGUCCUUCUAUGAGCCACUGGUACGUGAGCAGAUGCUCAAGGAAUUAUGGGACUCCCAGUUCUUCACUUUUCUAACCGAGAAAGAAGUUGAAAUCGAUGGUGAGCUCUAUGUUCCGUUGUGCAUCAGAUACCUAAACAAAGAGGAUGUCCAGUGUGAGGAAACAUUGGCUUUUAUCCCCUUUAGCGAGGAUCCGGUUGCCCUCACAGAUUCGAUAGAGACUGCUCUGUCUGAGAA